AUGGACCGACCUGGGCACCUCCUGGAAGAUAAGGCUCUAGCCAAAUUCCUUGGUGUCGAGGACGUGGACUUUGACAGUGGUAGUGAUACCAAAGUCGAGGGGGAGGAGCAAUCCAAACCCAGCACACCUGUGCGUGGGGACAUUCCCCAUCCGGCACCUAAUCCGUUCCCCGAACGUAGUGCCGCGACUGCGCUAACAGCGCUGGGAGCAAUGUCCCCCAUGGAUACAUCCAUUAUCACUAACCCGCUUGACGAGGAGCAACAACGCAUGCUCGAUCAAGCGGCAAGCGCACGGCGCAAGUCAGAAGUUCAGACAACGUUGCAACGACACAGUGAAUAUACGUUCACUCCACCUGGCGUGGAAGAACUCAUUCGUCAAGCGUCACGCCAUACUUUGGCAACAUGGGCCACCGGCCCCGAGGCGAAAACGCCCACUGAACUCGAAUGCCGCAAGGCUCUUCGAGAGAGGUACUUGGAACCUACUGUGAUGACUUUGAGUCAAUACAGAGAACGGCUGCAAAAGCAGGCCCAAGGAACACCAGUUCCACAAAUUAGGGGUAUACCCAUCAUUAUGUCCGAAGAUGGGGACGAAACUGCGGAGGACGAUAUGUUCAUCCGCUGGGUGCAUGGCGUUCGACGCCUCAGUAGCAUGCACGCGCUACGCGAAAGUGCCAGUGUGGCAGACGUUCGUCUAGAGCGAAAGCUUCGCUAUGACUUCGCGAAGUUAAAGGCCAGAGGCCGUCUGCGGGAGUAUUACGCUCCCGCUAUGCUUCGGCUGCCUCUGCAGCCGCGAGUUCACGUCAAUCUUUUGACACGAACUCGCCCGCUCUCACUACGACGAGUGAGAAGCGUGACGCUCGUCAAGACGAGCUCGGCCGUGGCGCUCAAAAAGUCAACGGCGUAUGGGCAAUCUUGCCGAAGGGGAACCUCAUACUCCCAUGAGUUUUCAGACUCAGGGUACCCACGCCACUUCACCAGAUAUUGGUAG